AUGACUCUCGGUGUGGAGAGGGUCAUGAAUCUCGAGACGUUGCGUGUGCCACAACUGGUGCAGGUUUGUACCGAAUUGGGAAUCGAUUUGGGACAAGCCAGACGAAAGCCACAUAUCAUCAAGCUCAUUCGGGACGCAGAGAUUAACGAUGAGGAGCUGAUGGAGUGUUUGCAAACACUCAGAGAGAGGGAGAGCUGCGAGAGAGAGGAACGAGAACGAGAACACGAGAGGGAGAGAGAAAAGCGAACUCAGGAGCUAGAGCUGAAGAAAGUGGAACUUGAGUUUAAGAUGAAAGAUCUUCUUCAGCCAUAUAAGUUGGGCGAGGACAUCGGGUUGUUUCUCGUAAAUUUCGAAAGAACGUGCGAGAAAGUGCACUUCCUCCGCGAGACAUGGCCCCAUAAGCUACUGACGCCACUCGCUUGCGAAGCGGCUGACGUAAUAGCGCGCUUAACAAGAGAGGACGCCGACAAUUACGACCAAGUAAAGGCCGCAUUUCUCAAGAAGUAUCGCUUGUCCACGGAAGCAUUUAGCCAACGCUUCCGUCAAGCAUCUGGGAAGCCAUCUCAAUCGUGGCCAGAGUUCGCGUAUAACUUAAAGGCAGAUUUGAUAGAGUGGCUAAAGAGUGCCGGGGCACACGGAGAUUCAUUUAUUAUUUCAGCACACGGAGACCACGAUAAGGCGGUCGAGUGUGUUGCAACGGAGCAGUUCUUCCGGGAGCUCCCUGAAGCCGUGAUGUUCUGGGUUCAGGACAGGCUCAACGAGCCUAAUCUCGUGAAGGCCGCCGAGCUCGCGGAGGAACACGCGAUGAGAAGAGGCCUGCAAGGUGAUAGCUCAGGCAAGGCGCAGAGGGACAAAGAGGGUAAGAAAGCUUUCUGGACGAAAAAGAACGAGGUGGGAAAGCCGUUCCCAAGACGGUUCGCUAGCGAGGUGUCUUUCCAGAAACCUAAAGAAAAGGAAGUCGAGGCAGCGAACAGGAAAGUUGGCUACUAG